CUGUGCUCCCUGCUCACAAGUUUAUUUACAGACUGAAAGACUAACGCAUUACUCAAAGAAGAGUAGACAGACAACUGCACAAUAACAGACCACGAAAGCUCAUCCCACACUACUGAAAAAUCCAAGCAGUUUGUGACAUCUAUACCUCGCCUUCUAAGUCGUCUUAGCUGCUAGCCGGGACUAAGAGCCACUGCUUUCAAAGGCUUUACUGGAGUUCUCACACUUUGUCCACAGAGUCUGGUGUGUGUGUGUGUCUGACUAUCUCUCAGUGGAGAGAUGGCCAAGGGGAAAGCAAAGGGUCAAAAAGGGAGGAAGAUCACCUUGAAAAUUGCCAAAAAUUCCAUCCGGAUAUCUUUUGAUGGAGGGCGUCGUCUUGACUUAAGCAAGAUGGGUAUCACCACCUUCCCCAAGUGCAUUCUGAAACUGGCUGAUGUGGAUGAACUUGAUUUGAGCAGAAACAUGUUAAAAAAGAUUCCAAGCAGCAUCCAGAAGUUCCAGAAACUGCGCUGGCUGGACCUGCAUAGUAAUCAGCUCGAGGAGCUGCCCGGGGCAAUAGGCACGCUUCAGAACCUUUUCUACCUGAAUAUAUGCAACAACAAGCUGACCACCAAAAAUCUGCCAGAAGAGUUAAACCUCCUCAAGAACCUGCGUAUUCUCAACCUUGGCUUGAAUUGUCUUGACAGUAUUCCCACCAGUCUUGGGGCCCUGAAGGAACUUAUGGAGAUAGGUCUCUUUGACAAUGCCUUGACCACCAUCCCAAACAGUGUUAAAAAGCUCCCCAAGCUCAAGAAACUGAAUGCAAAAAGAAACCCUUUCCCAGAUUCAACAAAGCAAGAAGAGCACGCCAACUCCAUUAAAUGCGUAGAAACACUUUAUUUAAUACAAGAGAAAGAUCUGUGCUCUUCCUGCCUGAAGAUGUGUCAGGAUGAGAGGGACAAGCUGAACAAGUUAAAGAGCGUGACACCCAGCCCCUCAAAGAAACCAAGUUUCCCUUUACUCCUUACACCCAAUUCCUCUGCAAAGGAUAACCAAGAGGAAUGGAGAUUAAGUGGCAAACAUCCCUGAAAUAUACCAAGGCACUCCACGUCCCAUGAAGUCCAGCCCAAGCUAAUAAAAAGGUGACCUCCUUCCUCUUCCCUUUUCCUGCAGUUCUCUUCCUUUAAAGAUCUACUCAGUUUUAGAAAGAGAACCAUGUGGUCUCUGAAGUGAAAUCCAAAGCAAUUAAAACAGAUGUAUAUUUGGGAAAGGAUGGACUAUUUCCAUCUGGGCCUCUUCCUACAACAUGUUCUCCAUGUUUGUUUUUUGUUUGUUUGUUUGUUUUGGGGUUUUGGGGGGGUUUUUUUGGGGGGAGGGUGGGUUUGGGGUUUUUUUUUUUUUUGGUCUUCUGUGUGAGCAUGUGUCCAGUGAAGGAGUCUUCAAAAAGAUAGGUUUUUCUAGUAACACCACUUUCACCACUGAGCCCCAAACAUUAGUUCUGUUCAUUUUCAUAGGGUGAGACACAGUUAAACUAGUAUCAGUAAACACCAUUUGGGGGAAAAGGAUCAGACCUUGGAACCUUCUGCUGCUGGUGGCUGCCACCAACCCCUCAGAGAAUCUCAGACAGGCACUGUCAGUGUAGGAACCAUGAGCCCAUUCCAGUUCAGCAGAGGCAGCAGGAGUAUGCUCAGGAGUAAUUAAGCAGUGCAAACACAAUGCUUAGAGCUAAACAACCAGUUACGAUGUUUGCCAUCAAGGGGCCAGGCUCUGCAUAAGCAAGUUCUCUGGGAUUCUGGGUGCUAUACGUGGAUGCACUGAUCUCUAACUUGCACAACACAAUCAGCACCAUUACCUAUACUUGUGUUUUGUCUGACUCCAAGUCUCCCUCCAAGGAAGGUACAGAAGGGAAAAAGGGUAGGGAAAAGAUUGCUCUUUUUAAGGGUCUUGGGCAUAUCACUUAAGCAGCGACUAAGAGAAGAGUCACCCUCUUCCAUGAUCCAAGAGUCAGCUGGUGAAUCGAUGAAAUCAGGUCUGGUGUCCCCACAGUACUUUUAGCUUUCUGUGCACAUGCACGUGUGCACCUGAGCACACACAUUCACUUGCUCAAAUCACAUCCCUAGGGCAGAGAGUGCUGACAGCCUGCAAACAGCAAUAUACAGGUACAAGCAAUGAGCAGAUUAUAAAAGCAGUCAAUCAUGACAUGAGAAGAGGUGCUAGCUGUGGCCGUAGUAACAUAUGGUGACAGCAAACAUUUAAGUAUACUUAAAUGAAAAAUAGAGUGCCAGGGGCAAAGUACUCAGUUGACCAGUUACAGCCCAUUAUCAUUUUUUAAAUGGCUACAGUAGAGUCUGGGAGUCAGAACUCCUGUGUAUUAUUCCUAUGGACUAGGUGGAAAAACUGAUAUGGAGUUUCCCAGAAAUGCUACUACCUCAACAUCAUAUGAUACAAAUGAGUAAUUUUUUCUUUCUGUGCUUCAGCUGUGCAAUUAUUAAUAGUGUGUCUGGGCAAAGAGCUUAGUCUGGCCUGCCUCAAGUACGGCAGGAAAUGCUGGGAAGCUAUGGAAGAUGGCCAUUGCCCCCUAGAU